AUGGUGGUGACUCGGCGCGUCGCACGGGCUGCGCAGGAGAGCCAUGGGAACGGCGCGGCGCCGGAGACCGACGCCGAUGCAUUGAAGCGGGCAGCAAGGGAAGAGGCGAGCAGGGCGCCGUCACGGCGGCGACCGAGGGGCAAAUCGGUCACGAGGCCGAUCCCUGAGGCAGUGAUGGAGACGCUGGACCGCCUCCUGCACUACAGAGAGAUACCGCCAUUCCUGCAAGAUAACCCGUUCAUCCACGGCGGGUACCGGCCGGUGACCACUGUCAAGUCAGCCUUCAGGUCUGUCUUCAAAAUCCACAACGAAACGCUCAACAUCUGGACCCACCUCGCCGGGUGCCUCUGGUUCUUCGUCCUCACGUGCACCUUCGCGGUCAGCGGCCCCACGGAGCUGUACGAGCGCGCGGUGCCGACGUUCCACCGAAUGCACGAGAUCCUGAUCGCGCGCGUGGUGCGCAUGGACCGCGAGUGGUGGACCGUGCACCGCUGGCCGGUGUUCCUCUACAUGGCGGCGGUGUGCCUGUGCCUGAGCUUGUCGUCGCUGUGCCACUCGCUCUACUGCUGCGCGCAGCACGUGAGCGACUUCAUGUGGCAGUUCGACUACCUCGGGAUCACGACGCUCAUUGUUGCGUCCAAGGUCCCGGUCUUUUACUAUGGCUUCGCGUGCGAGCCCAAUUGGAGAAUCCUAUAUCUCAGCAUCUCGGCAGCCAUGGGAGCGCUCGGCGUCGCGCUCUCCGUCGUGCCCUUCUUCCGCAAGCCCGGGCUCCACACCAUGCGCGCCGUCUGCUACAUCGGCAUGGGCGUCUGGGGAGCCGCGCCGGCGAUCCACUUCCUCAUGCUGCACCUCCACGAUCCAGAGAACUCCGGCUGGGAGCACGUUCGGUCCGCGUUCCACCUCAUCGUCGCGCAAGGGGCGAUUUACAUCCUCGGGGCCGUCUUCUACGCGGGCCGCAUCCCCGAGCGGUUCUUCCCCGGCAAGUUCGACAUCGUCGGGCACUCGCACCAGAUCUUCCACGUAGCGGUCGUCCUGGCUGCGUUUGUGCACUACGAGGCCGUUGUGCUGCUGCUGCACUGGCGGGAGACGCACGGGUGCCCGGAGUUCGGGCCCGGGGCGAUGCGGCCGCGGUGA